AUGCCCUUCAGAGCGGUUUUUCCUCUGGACGGAAAAGCAUUCGCACUCCUGCUACUGUCAGCAGUGCUGCAGUGUUGUUAAGUUGUUCUACAGUGUAACCUGAUUUGUUUUCGCACUUUGGCUACAAUGAAACAGUCUUGCAGGUGAAGUGAGGUUCGAGUCAGUGUGGGACAUAGACAGUGAUGGGGCGGGACAGCAAGAUCACCACCUUCAUGGAAACUGAAGAUGACGCCCCACAUCCUGCUCAGUGUAGAGAUGACACUGCAGCGUGCUUUGUUUCUGUAAAAGGCUUAAAGGAGAACUGGCAGAAGUGGUCCGACGAGCACCGGGAGCACCAGAAGCACAACCCCUUCAGUCAUGACGCGAGGCCGUGUGUGGUGGUCCCUCAGAGGGGGCAGGACCACUAUGGGAGACCCCUGCAGGGGUCCAUGACGGAGCAGCGGGGGAAGGACGCUCACACACACGUCUGCAGAGAGGUUGAGGAGCUGUGUGAAGUGAUAAGGAACAUUGGAGAGCCAAGAGACAAAGAUGGAGAUGGAAGUGGCAGCAAAGGCGGAGUUAUCACUGUUGAAUUUGGGAAACUGUUUGAGCAUUAUGUGACCAUCUCUAAUAAACUGGUGGGGAUUCUUCUAAGGGCGAGGAAGCAGAGGCUGGUUGAGUUUGAGGGGGAGAUGCUGUGGCAGGGGAAGGAUGACCAUGCAGUUGUCACUCUGUUGCAGUAAUCAGAAACUUGGAUUGGUGUUUAUGCCUUGAUUCAUGUGGAGCUACAUCAUGGCAGCACUCACUGUGGUAUUCAGAUAGCAGGGGUACUGCAGAAAUUGUACUCUUGUUAAGGUAAAAAGAUAGGUCUAUCAGUGGAUAAUAAUUCACACUACUUUCCUGAGGAGUGUACAUUUGACUUACUAAUGCAUUUCCUCCUCAUGCUAAAAAAACAAACAAGGUAUUAAAACUGUUUCUAAAGUGCAGAUACAUGCAGGGUCUAGAAAAAUGAAUGUAAAAACCUGAAAUGAAUGCAGUGACAUAGGUAAUCACAAUAACAAAUGCUACAAAAUGUGGGUCAUAGCAGGUGAAAUGCCAAUUAGCAGCAUUUGUCAGAAAGCAAAGAGGUUAUCAGCAUGUUGGCACAUGCGCUUUCAAAGCAAUUACCAGCACCUAAAAAACGGCCAAACUGGUUGUAUCUAAAAUGUAGGUGCAUCAGAAUCAAUCAAAUAAUUAAAUAUCAAGUAACAAAAUCAUGACAGGAUAUGCACAAGUGAAAGUUAAACAGAAAUAAAGAGAAACAGUGGUACUACAUACUGUAUGUUAAAAUAGAGAUAUGACAAAUAUAUUUUAUGUAUGGGGGGGUUUAACCUAAUAUAUGUUCCUAGGGUAACUUAGUUCCUUCAAAAACUGUACAUUUUCAUGUAUUCACAUAUACUGUGUUGUUUAAAUAGGAUCUUAGCUAAAGAAAUUCUUCCCUAUAUAUCCUUGCUGGCUUUUUAACAUGAGGAAAGUGGUGGAGUGAGCAGCUAAAAUGAAGUCAAAGUCGUUAAUGAGUCUGAGGCAAAUGCAAAGAGAACAUGAGGCUGCCUGCGACAGACAGCGCGGUGCUAUAGGAUGAACUUGAUCUGACUUGGCUUGGGUACCGCGGAGCAUGUAUUUAUUACAAGACUGCUUUGUAAUUAGAGAACCUUGUUACAGUCAAACUUUGCAUACCUGCAACCCACUGAGACAGAUGUACAAUAAACUACAAAUGCUGCUUUAAUGAAAU